AUGGAGGGUGAUAUAAAUAAAUUAACAUCUGUCGAGACGGAGUACUUAGAAAAAAGUGGGAAAAAAAGAAGACAAAAAUCUAUUAUAGAAUGUAUAAAUAAUUAUAAUGAGGAAACUGUAGAAAAUCAUAGAAACCAAAAUAUUCUGGAUGAAAUCAAUUCAUAUAAUGAUAUAUCCUUAACAAAGGAGAGAUCAAAUGAGGUAAUGAUUAAUAUGACUGAUGGUGAAAUGUCAGAAGAAGAUUUAGAUACAUUGGAGGUUAUAAGACAAUUAAGUUCUAUUAAACUUGAUUCUGAUGAAGAAUCAAAGGAUAAAAUUAUUUAUAAUAAAAAAGAAAAAAAAAAAAAAUUAAAAAAUAAAAAAAAUAAAAAAAAAAAUAAAGAAAAUAAAAAUACAUAUAUUUUUGACACCUCUGAUAUAGAGUGUGUAGAAGAUGCAAUCAUAUAUGACGAAUCAAAGGAUACCGAAUUUCCAGAUUUACAUGAAUUAUUUUCAGAAUAUAAUGGAAAAUAUUUUUUUAAUAAAUUGUCAUCUGUACAUGUAAAUUGGAGUAAUAAAAUGAAAUUGUGUGCAGGGAUAUGUAUAUUUAAGAAGUCUGGAUAUUGUUGUAUUCGCUUAUCGUUACCACUACUAAAGCUGAGGAAAAUAAAAGAAUAUAGGGAAACCUUAUUACAUGAAAUGAUCCAUGCCUUUUUGUUUUUAACAAGAAGUAAUAGGAAGCAUGAUGGACAUGGACCAGAGUUUAAAAAACACAUGUACAGAAUAAAUAGAGCUACUGGAUUGCAUAUAACGAUUUAUCACACUUUUCAUGAUGAAGUAAAUUUUUAUCGAAAUCAUAUAUGGCGCUGCACAGGUGUGUGUAGAAAAUACCCACCCCAUUUUGGAUUUGUCAAAAGAUCGAUGAACAGACCUCCUGGACCAAAAGAAAAAUGGUGGAGAAGACAUUCUUCUUACUGCUGUGGAAACUUUGUUAAAAUUGAAGAAACAGAAGAGAACAAAAAAAACGAAAUGGUAAACAUGAACAAAGCAGGAAAUAACAUAUCGCAUAUAACAAACGUAAUACAAAAAAGGAAUAACAAAAGAGAUAAGGAUACUUUUGAAAAAAGACAAGACAAUAAUAAUCUUUUUGAGGACAUGAUAAAUGACGAAAUAAUUAUCUUAGACAACGAAAAUAAUAAUAGAAAUAAAAAGGAAGUGGAUGAUGAAAUGGACAUAAUAAAUUUAAUAAAAAAUUUAUUUAGUGAUAAUAAAGACAAAAUAUUAUCCUUUCCAGAUAUUACUGUGGAUUAUCACAAGGCAUUUGAAGGUAAAAAUUAUUUCGAGAUAGAUUAG